AGAAGGUACACUAAGUCGUAAGAUUUGGGCAACGGAGGUCCCCUCAGUAAAAGAAUAUGGCGCGCGCGAUGGAUAUAAAUGCUAGGGGAGAUGGCAGCCACUGAGGAAGUACAGUCUGAUCUUCUCCGUUGCGUGGGUGCUCAAGAGCAGGAACCCGAAGCAGAGGAAGAAGAGAAAAUACGUACAGGAAAUUAAUAUAUACAGUUAUAGCUCUUGCAGUUCAUAGAAAAAACCCAUUUCUUCUUCUCUUUUUGAUAUUAAUUGUUAACCUCCAUGGCAAGAGUGGCGAUGAGCCAGAGAGCCGUUGCAGCAGUAGCGACGGCAGUGGCAUGGCUCUGUUUGUGCCUCGUCGUGAUGAGCGAUGUGGGCAGUGCAGAGAGGGUCCUGAAAGCUACAGACCCAGAAAAGUUGGUUGAUCAGAAAGAAAUGAACAGAGGGUUUAUGGUAAAGGUGGUUAAUUUUUUGUGGCAGAAUGGGAAAUCUUCAUACCAACCUGUUUGGCCGGAGAUGAAGUGGGGGUGGAGAAUUGUGGUAGGAUCGAUAGUUGGAUUCUUUGGGGCGGCGCUGGGGAGUGUUGGAGGAGUUGGAGGGGGUGGAAUUUUUGUUCCAAUGCUCACAUUGAUCAUUGGUUUUGACCCCAAGUCUUCCACAGCCAUUUCUAAAUGUAUGAUCAUGGGGGCAGCGGGAUCAACGGUGUACUACAAUCUUAGGCUAAGACACCCAACGCUGGACAUGCCCCUCAUAGAUUAUGAUCUAGCCUUGCUCUUCCAGCCUAUGCUUAUGUUAGGCAUCAGCAUUGGAGUUGUCUUCAACGUCAUCUUUGCGGAUUGGAUGGUCACAGUUCUUCUCAUCAUCUUAUUUAUAGGUACAUCAACUAAAGCUUUUUUUAAAGGUGUAGAUACAUGGAAGAAAGAAACGGUGAUGAAGAUGGAAGCUGCCAAGGCACGGGAAUUUGAGAGCAAACCUGAUGAAGGCGCCGGAGAUGAUUACAAACCAUUACCGAGUGGUCCAGCUCCUGCGCUAGAUGAGGCUGUUCCUAUGAGAUACAACAUUUUCUGGAAAGAGUUGGGCUUGCUUUUGUUUGUGUGGGUGGCUUUCCUUGCUGUUCAGCUUGCUAGGAGAUAUACCACAAAUUGCUCCGUCUUCUAUUGGAUUAUAAACUCCUUGCAGGUACCAAUUGCAGUCUCUGUUUCUCUGUUUGAAGCUAUAUGUUUAUGCAAAGGGACAAGAGUAAUUGCAUCCAAGGGAAAGGAAAUCACAAAUUGGAAGAUGCAUCAGAUGAUUCUUUACUGUAUCUGUGGGAUAGUAGCUGGCAUUGUAGGUGGAUUGCUCGGGCUUGGAGGUGGUUUUAUCUUGGGACCCCUUUUUCUUGAAUUGGGAAUUCCUCCUCAGGUGGCAAGUGCAACAUCGACCUUUGCGAUGACAUUUUCUUCCUCCAUGUCGGUUGUACAAUAUUAUCUUCUAAAGCGUUUCCCAGUCCCAUAUGCUUCUUAUCUUGUUCUAGUAGCUUUACUAGCUGCCUUGGCCGGUCAACAUGUAGUAAGGAAGAUAAUAGCCCUACUUGGGAGGGCGUCGAUUAUCAUCUUUAUAUUGGCUUUGACAAUCUUUGUGAGUGCAAUCAGUUUAGGUGGGGUGGGCGUGGCAGAUAUGGUGGAGAAGCUGCAAAAUGACGAGUACAUGGGAUUUGAGAAUCUCUGCUACCACUCUUAGAUAUGUUGUGCAUAAAUUAAUAUGGCAAUCGAGUAUCUCCAGCAGGGAGAAUUCUACCCGUGUUGAUUUUCACUUCUACAUGGUCACCUAUCUGUUAAUUUCUUUUGAGAAAAAAUUAUAAAGUACUUAGACUUAUGGAUCACUGUACCUGUCUUUGCUGGAGCCUCACAAGCAGAGAUCCAUCACAGUUUUUUUUUGCCUUUUAUGUUACCUUGUGUUAAUGAAUUGAAUGUCAGUUUUUUGGUGCAUUAUCCUUUGUUAAAACUUCUUUGACUUUGCCUAUUCAGUGUAGGACUUGGUCAUUUUUUUUUAAUCAAAACUGUCUAGCAAAA